CAAAAACUCCUGAGACCCAGAAACCCCCGUCAGAAAUAUCUCUCUCCUUGUGCCAAUCUGUCACCUUAUCAGGCCGACGUUUGUCGCUUUUCAGACCAGCACGGAUUACCGUUGAUUGCUUCUUUUUCAACUGUGUUCUGUUGUUGUUCAUUAGAUCUAAAAAAUAAGUAUUUACACUCUUUCUCUCCAUUCUUCUUUUCUCAUUUUCUAUUGAGCUUAAGAGUACAUAUCUGUGGUGGUGGUGUUGCAUUCUUCUUCUUCUUCUUCUAAAUCUCGAUUCGUGACGUCGAAUAAAGCCAAGGCUUGCUCAGACGAUGGAAAGCGGUUUCUCCUUGGCGGAGAGAGAAGAAGAAGAAGAUAACAAAAAUGAGAAAUCUGCAGGGAUGAUGAUGAAGAAAGUGAGCUACAUGGCUGCUCCAAUGGUGGCAGUUUAUCUUUCUCAGUAUCUCCUUCAAGUUAUCUCCAUGAUUAUGGCCGGUCACUUGGACGAGCUCUCUCUCUCCAGCGUCGCUAUUGCCACUUCUCUUACCAAUGUUACUGGCUUCAGUCUCCUCGUUGGGUUUUCAGGUGCACUAGAGACAUUGUGUGGUCAAGCUUUUGGAGCAGAGCAAUUUAGAAAGAUUGGUUCAUACACUUACAGCUCAAUGACAUGUCUUGUCUUGAUUUGUUUCCCAAUCUCUCUUCUUUGGGUCUACAUGGACAAACUCUUGGAGCUUUUCCACCAAGAUCCUCUCAUCUCUGAGUUAGCUUGUAGAUACUCCAUCUGGCUCAUACCGGCUUUAUUCGGAUGCGCUCUUCUUCAGCCUAUGACUCGCUAUUUCCAGUCACAAGGAUUGGUUCUUCCUCUCUUCUUGAGCUCUUUUGGAACUCUCUGUUUUCACAUUCCCCUUUGUUGGCUUCUUGUCUAUAAACUGAGGUUUGGAAUCGUCGGCGCCGCUUUGUCCAUCGGUUUUUCGCUUUGGUUAAACGUAGCUUUGCUCUGGGCUUUUACGAGAGACUCUUCUCUGUAUUGCGAAACGAGGAAUCUUCAGGCGCAAGAAAUCUUCUCUAGCGUGAAGCAGUUCAUCUAUCUUGCGAUUCCCACUGCAAUGAUGACUUGCUUGGAGUGGUGGUCAUUUGAGCUUCUGUUACUAUUGUCUGGACUCUUACCUAACUCAAAACUGGAAACAUCGGUGAUGUCCAUAUGCCUCACAACUUCACUUCUGCAUUAUGUUUUCGUGGAUGCAAUAGGUGCAGCCGCAAGCACACAUGUCUCAAACGAGCUAGGAGCUGGAAACCCAAAGGCAGCUCGAGCAGCGGCUAAUGCUGCACUUUACCUUGGCGCUUUUGAUGCUUCCUUUGUAAGCAUCACUCUUUACAACUAUCGAAAAACUUGGGCGUAUAUCUUUAGCAAUGAGAUAGAAGUCGCUCAAUAUGCAACAAAAAUCACACCGAUUCUCUGCCUAUCAAUUUUUGUCUGCAGCUUUACCUCCGUGCUCUCAGGGAUUGCUAGAGGAGUAGGGUGGCAAAGUAUAGCAGGAUAUGCAAGCAUAGGAUCAUAUUAUCUAGUUGGUAUACCGGUUGGUUCAAUCUUAUGUUUUGUUGCGAAAUUGAGAGGGAGAGGACUUUGGAUUGGUAUUUUGAUAGGCUGCUUUGUCCAAACGAUGGUUCUUGCUCAUGUCACUUUUUUCACCAAUUGGGAGCAAGAGGCAACAAAGGUGAGAGACAGGGUACUGGAGAUGACACCAAAAGGAAAUGAAGAAACAGAAGUUAUAAAAGAGGAUGCGCAAGUUUUACUAAGUGACAUUUCAGAAAAUGUGUAACCCCAUUUGCAUUUGUUUCUAGUUCAUAGAAGCAUUUGGUUAUGAAUUAAAUUAGAAUAUAUUUCUUGAACUGACUAUCGACAAGAGAUUAACUGAUGAACUGGAAUCUCUGACUAUAAACAUAAAGGAGUGUUAGACAACAAAUACUGUAUAUAUUUGGCUCAUAAAUGU